GACCAUGCCCGACAGCGCCAGCUCAUGCUUCGCCCGCUCCUGUUGCGCAACGUGCUUCGCUGGCAACGCGGCCUCCGCGAACGAUAGCAACCGCCGACGCCUCGCCGAGGACGAUCCUCGCCGCCGGGACCUGGCCAGCUCGCGUGACGUUACCGUCCAGCCCGUCGUGAUGUCCCAGAUCCGCCCGCCGCAGCCCCAAGUGCGCGCCAUCGAUUGAUGCAGGCCUUGGACGUGCACGUAGGAGAGGAACGAAGAGAGCUGGAGGUAUGUGACGAGGUGGACUUUCACCUAAGGAGCACGUUGCUUGAAGUGAUGCACUCCUUCAUCGCGUGAAGUGGGAACGUGCGAAUAUCAGGAAGGACCAGCACAGCGAGGAUAAUGAAAACAGUGCAUUGAAUACAUAUUGCAUCGCUAGCGCAGAAUCUGCGCCGCAGUCUGCGGCCCGCAGAUAGCCUAGCGGACGGCCCCGGCGCCUAUAGUGCGAUUACGAUACGCGCAGGACGUGGGUAAAUUUCAAGCAUCAAC